UUACGUAUGCGCGCGCAAGUUAUCCAGGCUCAAACCCACUAGAACAGAGCUACUUAGUUAGCUCACUGGCUAACGUGCUACAAAAGCAAAAGAGCAGGCAUAAUCAUAACAAAACAGACCACGGACUGACUUGGCUGGGGCUGGCCUGUCAUGGCUCGACCACUGGGUGAAAGCCAUAAAAGGUUCCUGCAAACUAUGAUGGCUAAUGGGAUUGUUGAUGGUGACAAAGCAAGGGCUCUACAUCGUCAUUGCUGUGAGACACAUGGGGCACAGUAUACUCCUGAUAAACUGGAUGAAUUCAUUGAGGUUAUCAAUGCCCAACUGCAGCCCAUGUUCAUGCAAAUAAGAAAAGGGCUGUCUGAGGAGGAUGGUCUUCAGUACUAUGCUUUGGUGAACAUGGCUGAAACGGAUGUGACCAGAAUGUCUGCUGAUUAUGCUGACAACGAGUUGGAGUUGUUCAGAAAAACUAUGGAUCUCAUUGUGGACUCUGAUAAUGGAACUGCCUCAUCUACGGACAUUCUCAACUGUGCCGACAGUCUCCAAACUAAGAAGCUAAAGAAAAAAGAAACCGAACACGUACUGAACAGGCUUGUUCAGGAUAAGUGGCUCAUUGAGAAACAAGGUGAAUACUCACUCUCCACUCGCUGUAUAAUGGAGAUGGAACCAUACAUUCGGAGGAUUUACCAAGACCAGGUCAAGGUCUGCCAUAUCUGUCACAAUGUUGCCUUACAGUGCCAGAUGUGUGAAAAUCCUACUUGUGGUAUUAAAAUCCACACACAUUGUGUUGCCAGAUACUUCAAAGGAAGGACUGAUCCACGAUGCCCUUCCUGUGAAGACUUCUGGCCACAUGAGAUCCCAGAGGUUUAUAGACCCCCAUCCUCUCAGAGCCAGUCAGCUGCCACGGAAAAAACAACACCCACCCCUAGAGCUACGGGUCAGAGCAGGAAGACCAGGAGGUCUUAAACUCAUAUCCCACGGUGCAUUCAAUAAACUACUGUGUUGCUCUCAGAACUUUCAGUACAGCUUUUGUCCUUAAAAUGUAUAGUUUAUCAUCAACAUUUAACUCAAAUGUAAUAUUUUUUUAUAAUUUAAUAUGUUGUAAUAAAUGUAUGUCAAAUGCUAUUGUUUGAUUCUGUCAGAGUAAUACAUUUUAAUGAAAUGUC